AAUCCACAACAGUCACCGCAUCUUCAUAUUUCGGUUCUCGCAGGCUCCUGGCAUUUAGACCCGGUGUUUGGCAUUCUUAUUCUGCAAGAGUCGAUCUUUUUGAAUUGUCCUAUAGAAAAUACUGUUUUCGAGUCGAGACGAUAGAUAACAUUAUGUCGGCUCCAGCAAAGAAACGAUCGAUUCAGCCACGCGAGUCUAAAGAGAUUGAUUCCGACGAUCAAGAGGACAACGUCGACCAAAUGAUAAUUAAUGUAGAAUUUGAGGGUCGCAAUCCAGAAAGUUCUGACUUCCAUAGUGUUAAACAAUUAUUACAACAGUUGUUCUUAAAAGCUCAAGUAAAUCUAUCUGAUAUGGCUUCAGUAUUGAUCAAUCAACGUAGCAUUGGGAGUGUGAUCAAGCAAGUUUUUGAUGAUGAAGUUGAUGAUGAUGAUGAUGAUGAUGAUGAUGUGGAUAGUAAUCAAGUUUUUGGAAUUACUUCAGUUCUUAAUAUGGCCGAUCGGAACACUGAUUGUGUAGAACAAUUACACAAGUUGAUGUUGGAUUUAAGCAAACAACAUGGAGAAAAUAAUACAUCAGAUUUCAUUAACAACUUAUUAAAUGAUAAUCAAAAACCAGUUGGGCUGUUAAUAAAUGAACGAUAUGUCAACAUACCUCCUCCAAUAUCUGUACCGUUAUUACAGUCCAUUAGUAAAGAAUUAACCAAAGCAAAAUCUAAGAACCCAUCAAUUGAUUUUUCUUAUCUUAUCAUGAUAUGCAAACUUUAUAAGAUGAAACAGAGUAAGAAAGAGAAUAAAAAUAAACAGGGUGAACAAAUAAUUUGGUCAAAUGCUGAGGAAGAAAUUUUUGAUGAAGAAGCAGAACUCAAGUUUGAGUUUUGUGUACAAAACGAAAAGGGUUCUGGUUUAGCUGGUAGCUGGGAUGAAGGAGAUUCCGAGAUGAUUCCCUAUAGACGUGUUUUACUUUUCCCUGCACAAAAGCUUGAUGUCAUUAUUAACAAAAUACAAUUAUUGUUAAAUAGCCAAUAAAUAAUAAAAGUUGUUAAAUACAGUAAA